CCUCCUCCCCCUUUAUGCAGAAAUUGAGAUGUCUUCAGAAGAGGCCAUGAGUGUAGUGGGGAGUGAAGUGAUGCCCCUGGAUUACGGUAGUGUGGAUACGGAGAGCAGUCCGUCUCCAACUAGUUCGGAGAGGACGGUGGAGGAGAGGAGGGAUGAAGGAGUAAUAGUUUAUGAGGUGAGGGGGUAUGUGAGCGAACUAGGUAGUAGGAGUAGCCUUAGGGGGUUAGUAGGGAACUGUAACCUUCCUCACCAUGUCCUAAUCAGGCCUGCAGGGGUGAAUGAGAGGGCAUGCUCAGCACCCCGAGACCAUUGGAUGCCCAUAUACCUCCACUACUUGAUUGCAGGGCUUAGGGGGGAGAAGGGGUGGUAUUACUUCGGUCCUCGGUCGUCCAGCAAAGAGAAUAGGAAUUUAUUCUCUGCUGGACCGUCAUCCAUCAAAGGAUGGAAAGAAAAGUUCUUCUUUGUGGAUGACACCGAGUGGAGUAGGAGGGAUGCCGAAGUGGAACAGUUGUCUGCUUGGAAAACAAAGAAAACCAAGCAGAACAACUAUAAGUUGAACGAGGAUGAGGUGGAGGAGGUAGGAAAGUUGGUGAGGGAAGAAGGAGACGUAGUGGAUAUCCUGUACCUCACCAGCCCGAAUGCAAUAGAGGCUACUGAGCUCUAUGGGCCGAGCUCAUUGAGCGAAGCUGAGAUGGACGAUUUUGUAAGUGCUGCUGGAGGACUGCGCAUCCCAAAGAAGCCAAGGAAGAAGUCAACGACUUCAGCUGCGACGAACAGAGGGGUGCUAGAGAAAGAGCGCCUGCCCAGCACUUCUGCUCGAGUGCUGGAGAUACAGCAGAGGCUAGAGCCUGUAGGGGGGAAUAGUGAGGAGGUGAGUGAGGAGGUAGCCCCACUUCAGAGAAAGAAGAGGAAGGUGGCUGAACCAGAGGUGAGGAGGGAUGAGGUGAUUGAAUUCGUCCCUCGACCGUCACCACUUGAGAUUGACCUGGAGCUCAGGGAGGGGGAAGAGGCUGGGGUGCGAGGUCCUGGCAAGGGCGAGGAGCUUGUCCCCCCACAUUCAUACCAGAAGAGUUUGUUCGAGGCCACGAACACGACCGGGGCUAAACGAUUUCUCAACGCCACGCUUCCUGAGGUGGAUAGGAGGCAAGCGAGGCAAGAGGCGGUGAGCCACUUGGGUGCCCGUGUUGUAAGGCACACCUUGGAGAGUGCGAGCUGGGUCAAUGCUCUUGUGCAGGAGUAUGCAGAGAGCAUAAGAGAUUGUGCCAACUGGCAGAGGCAAUGUGAGGCUCUGCUGAAAGAAAAAGAGGAGCUGCAGAAGAAAAACAAGCAGAUGCAGAGGAGGCUGGAUGAGGAACGUAAGAGGAAAAUCUGCGAAGAGAAGCUUGAAGCUCAAGACAAAUAUAUCGAGAGCCUGAAGAAAGGGGCGGUGGAGCUAAAGAAGAACGUGGAGCUGUUGGUGCACAACGGGAUGGAGGGGCACAUUGGCAACUUCCUCAACUCCAACACCUUCGAGAGCAUCCUCGAGUUGUACCGGCUUCCAACCGCAAUCCUGGCCUUCACCGAUUGUAGAAAGAAGGUGAAGGCCCAGUACCCAGAGGUGGACAUGACAACGGUCACCUUUGGAGAACAAGAAGAAGGAGUGGAGGAGGAUGGUGAGAGUCUCUGUGCUGACUUCCAACCUUUGAUCAAGUUGAGGUGGGAGCAUGAUGCAGAGGGAUGCACUAUCUUUCCUCCAGACUUUGAGGCCAAGCUGGUGGCAGUGAAGGGAGAAGAAGAAGGAGAAGAAGAAGCGCAAGGCGCUGGAGUUGAGGAUCAGGCAGCUCUAGCUAAAGUGCAGCCUCCUGAGGUGCAUCCAGUCUCAUCUGACGAAGUGCAGACGUUGGCCCCUUUUAAAGCAGAAGUGCCACCCCUUCCUUCUGGAGACGAGCCACCUCCACCACCUCUUCCCGCUGAGGAGCAGUCCCCUCCCUCAGCAGAUUUAGCUUAGGAGUUUUUACUUUAUUUGUUGUAAAAAUAUUUUUGUAAUUGAUUGUUUAUGAAUUUAUAAAAUUUGUGAAGUUAU